AUGAGAUGGUGCUUGCCUGCAAUUGUUGAUCAAGAUUAUGAGUACAUGGAUGAAGAAACUAUCCCAUCGCCACGAGGGGUAGAUGCACCAAGUCCCUGGGGUCAAGCAUCAAUGCAAGCUAGUUACUAUGGAUCCUAUUUUACUGACAAGUUCCCCACCUGUGAGCCAAUGGGGCUUUAUUCAGCAUAUGGAAACUCACCAACUCCUUAUGUUCCUCAAUACCAACAACCAGAAGCACCUGCACCACCACCACCACGUGCAUCGAUGUCCCUCCCCCAUGCUGUUCCUUGGAUUUCUUGUGACACAAGUCAUAAGACAGGUAGGUUUGAUACUGGUUCAAACCCGUCGAUGUUAUUAAGUUCAGAUACCGGAAACCGCAAUGGAAACCGAAGAUAUUGUCAAAAAGUUUCAACUAGUGGUCAACUCGUUCAUUCGGAGACUGCUCUCGACUGCUCAUCUCUUUCGAGGGAAAUAGAUGAUUUCAUUGCCUUUGGUCAUGUCCCAGCACCAAAUCCUGGUGGUAGUCCCCAAGGCUCAGUGUAUGCACAGCAGAGUUUGACAUUGAAAGAGCAGCUGCAACUUCAAUAUUUAUCAAAAGAGCUCGAGAUCGAUGAAAAUGAAACUGAAAAUCUUGGCCUUGAUCAGGAGACACAUGGAGCUGCACAAGCUUCUUCAGUUCCAGAGAUUCAUCAGUUGGGAUGUAAAAGAAAGCUUCUUUCUUCAGCUGUUAAUAUGGAUAGUUGUAAUACGCAUUCAAUGAAUCAACAUCCCAGUGUCGUAGCUGCAAAUAAACAAAGAAUAAGGUGGAUACCUGAGCUCCAUGAACUUUUCUUAUAUGCAGUGGAUCAACUUGGUGGCUCUGAAAGUGCCACACCAAAGAAUAUUUUGAAUCUCAUGAACGUUGAGGGUUUGAAUAUCUACCAUGUCAAGAGCCAUUUGCAGGUGCAAAGGGAGCUUCAGCUGCAAAUAGAGCUUCAAGGACAGCUUUUGAAAAAGCUUAUGGGUGAAGGUCUUAAAUCUGAAUCAGCUUCAGCUAAUAAGAAAACAUCCCCAAAUGAAAAACAUAUUUUGCAUUCACCAGACACUGUCAGCCUUUUCCAGAAAUCCGGGUCAGCGAAGUCCAUUACCGACUGUUCUUCAACUUGUUCACCAAAGCACGAUUGCUCUCAAACUACUGAGUCCGAACAAUGUCGAAAGCAGCAUAGAGGAGAAAGCAGCAUAGAGGAGAAAGCAGCACAAAACCAACAUCCGAAACAAAGUAGGAGUUUAAAUACUUGUUUUCAUUCUGCUAGAACUAUUUGUCAUGAUUGA